AUGUCACAAUCGUUGGCAUAUGAGAAUAAGCCUGAAACUUCAAAAGCACCAAAUGAAGAAAUCUACGAAAAACUUAAAUCCAUACAGAGAAUCUCACUCAUUAACAUCACUAAGGCUUUCUCUACAACCAGCACGGAGGCCCUCCAGAUACUGGCGGGGGUGAAACCUAUCCAUCUUAAGAUUUUGGAGGACACUUGCAUUAAAAGACUUAAGUGGAAUUGGAGACUUAACGACUUUAACUCAGAGAUGCAGCAGAUUCUCCUCACAACACAUAUGGAUGAUACACCAACUAGGAUUCACCUAUCAAAACUUAUUUCCGUUCCCUACGGUAGAUCACUCCCAACAAACAGCGGCCUUGAAAUUUUUACUGAUGGAUCAAGGAUGGAGGUUGCCGACUCCGCUACUGAUACCACAGAAUAUAGAACAGGCUUCAGCAUUGUUACUAAAAUGUACGGUACUUUAAUCGAGGCAACCUCCACCAGGAUCUCAAACAAUAGUAGUGUUUACAUGGCAGAAUUGGUGGCAAUUAAUAAUGCUUUUUUCUGGCUCUCUAAAAAAGAAUAUCCAGACGCCACUAUCUAUACUGAUUCGCUUUCCUCGUUGCAAGCCUUACAAAACCCAGUAUCAAACUCAAACAUUUUUGAAAAUACUAAACAAUUAUGGCGAUCUAAUACACUCUGUAAUUGGGUUAAAGCUCAUAUAGGUACUCAAGGCAACGAGGAGGCGGAUCGAGCAGCUAAGAAAGCCACCGAUUUCUGCCAAAUUACCCUUGAGGUUCCAAGCUCCAUCGCACAAAUUAAAACUCAG